CAAAGGUAUCUUAUUCAGCCAGUACUUAGAAUCGCCUUGGCAGUUGAUGAGUGGACAUUAGAACGCUUAUGAUGGGGUACAGCUCAUGGGAAGAAAAGGCUUAACUGUAGCAACCUUCUCUGUCAAGAAUAGUGACAGGUCCUGCUUGAGGCAGGUUUGCCUAGUUGGCUUCUUUGGAGUCUUUCUCUGAGCCCUCUCAGCUGCUGGCCUUCAGAUACUGAAAUUGAACCAGACACAGCCAAGUGUGUGCCCUUUUAGGAGCUCCAGCAGAGCCAGAGGCGACAGGGCCACCAGCAGCGGUGACAAAUUGAAGACUUCAAUCAAAGGCGGCGGCCGGCGGCUCCAGUUUGGGCAGCGGCGGCGGCUUCUGGAGUCCCGCGGCGAAGAUGCUCAAAGUCACAGUGCCCUCCUGUCCCUCCUCGUCCCGCUCCUCGGUCACCUCCAGUACUGAGAACCUCGUCCCGGAUUACUGGAUCGACGGCUCUAACCGGGAUCCCCUGAGCGAUUUCUUCGAGGUGGAGUCAGAGCUGGGACGGGGUGCUACAUCCAUUGUGUACAGAUGCAAACAGAAGGGGACCCAGAAGCCCUAUGCUCUCAAAGUGUUAAAGAAAACAGUGGACAAGAAGAUCGUGAGAACCGAAAUAGGAGUUCUCCUGCGUCUCUCACACCCAAACAUCAUAAAACUCAAGGAAAUAUUCGAAACCCCCACAGAAAUCAGCCUGGUCCUUGAGCUGGUCACGGGAGGGGAGCUGUUUGACAGGAUUGUGGAGAAGGGGUACUACAGUGAGCGCGACGCGGCGGAUGCAGUGAAGCAGAUCCUGGAGGCUGUUGCUUACCUGCAUGAAAAUGGGAUUGUCCACCGUGAUCUCAAACCAGAGAAUCUUCUCUACGAAACUCCAGCCCCUGAUGCACCACUCAAAAUUGCUGAUUUUGGACUUUCUAAAAUUGUGGAACAUCAAGUGCUCAUGAAGACAGUGUGUGGAACCCCAGGGUACUGCGCACCUGAAAUUCUCCGAGGCUGUGCCUAUGGACCUGAGGUGGACAUGUGGUCUGUAGGAAUAAUCACCUACAUCCUACUUUGUGGAUUUGAACCAUUCUAUGAUGAGAGAGGUGACCAGUUCAUGUUCAGGAGAAUUCUGAAUUGUGAAUAUUACUUUAUCUCCCCCUGGUGGGAUGAAGUGUCUUUAAAUGCCAAGGACUUGGUCAAAAAGCUCAUUGUGUUGGAUCCCAAGAAACGGCUGACUACAUUUCAAGCCCUCCAACACCCGUGGGUCACAGGUAAAGCAGCCAACUUUGUCCACAUGGAUACUGCUCAGAAGAAGCUUCAAGAAUUCAAUGCUCGGCGCAAGCUUAAGGCGGCAGUGAAGGCUGUGGUGGCCUCUUCUCGGCUCGGAAGUGCUAGCAGCAGCCACAGCAGCCUCCAGGAGAGCCACAAGGUCAGCUCGGAUCCACCUUCAACCCAUGAUGCCAAGGACAACACCGAUCUUCUGGGAAAGAAAAUGCAAGAGGGGGACCAAGUGGCAGCCGAGGCUACCACUGAGGAGCUGAGGAAGCUGCAGUCGGAGGAGGUGGAGGAAGAUGCAGGUGUAAAAGAGGAGGAGACCUCCAGUAUGGUGCCUCCAGAGCCAGAGGAUGGGCUGAACACAGAUGACCCGGAAAUGAAGAGGGGAUCAGGGGAGAAGCUGAAGAGUGUAGAGGAAGAAAUGGACCCCAAAGCUGAGGAGGAAGUCCUUGCCUUGGAACUUGGGGUUCCCCAGCAGGAUGCGACUCUGCCAGAGUACUAAGCUGGCUUCCUUUAGGUCCAGAAGCCAACCCCAGCAUUUUAUGUCCUUUGUCCUGCAGCGAGGUGGGGAAGCAUGAUAUGCACUAUAGUGAUUCUGUUUUGAGGUGCAAAAAAAAAAAAAACCCAUAUAUACCAGUUGGUAACCCUAA